CUCUGCUUGCAGCUGUGCACGGGAACGGGGCGCAGCGGAGAGCCCAGUCCCAGCCCGGCCACAGCGGACCCCGGAUGCCAAGAAGUUCCUGAUGCUUCUGCUGACCUGAUCCCACCUCCUCCUACCACAGAACAGAGAUGGAGAGGUGUCUGGGCUCCCACCUUUGUGGCUGUUUGGCUGUUCUCAUCCUCCUGCCCUUCCUGGGCCUCGCCCAGUAUGAAAGCUGGCCCUACCAGCUCCAGUACCCUGAGUACUUCCAGCAACCAGCCCCUGAGUACCACCAGCCCCAGGCACCCUCCGAUGUGGUCAAGAUUCAGGUGCGCCUGGCAGGACAGAAGAGGAAACAUAACGAGGGCCGUGUGGAGGUCUACUAUGAUGGCCAGUGGGGUACAGUAUGUGAUGAUGACUUCUCCAUCCAUGCUGCCCAUGUCAUCUGCCGGGAGCUAGGCUAUGUGGAGGCCAAGUCCUGGACCGCCAGUUCAUCCUACGGCAAGGGGGAAGGGCCCAUCUGGAUGGACAAUGUCUACUGCACUGGCAAAGAGGCAACCCUGGCAGCCUGCUCCUCCAAUGGCUGGGGUGUCACUGACUGCAAGCACACAGAGGAUGUUGGCGUGGUGUGCAGUGACAAAAGGAUUCCUGGGUUCAAAUUUGACAAUUCAUUGAUCAACCAAAUAGAGAGCCUGAAUAUCCAGGUGGAAGACAUCCGAAUCCGUCCUGUUCUCUCUGCCUUUCGCCAUCGCUCCCCGGUGACAGAGGGCUAUGUGGAGGUGAAGGAAGGCAAGACCUGGAGGCAGAUCUGCGAUAAGCACUGGACAGCCAAGAAUUCCCAUGUGGUCUGUGGCAUGUUUGGCUUCCCUGGAGAGAAGACAUACAACACCAAAGCCUACAAAAUGUUUGCCUCUAAGAGGAAGCAACGCUACUGGAAGUUCUCCAUGAACUGCACGGGCACCGAGGCCCACAUCUCCAGCUGCAAGCUGGGACCCCCAGUGUCACGGGACCCCGUGAAAAAUGCUACCUGUGAGAAUGGGCAGCCAGCUGUGGUCAGUUGUGUGCCUGGCCAGGUCUUCAGCCCUGAUGGGCCCUCGAGAUUCCGGAAAGCCUACAAGCCAGAGCAACCCCUGGUGCGGCUGAGAGGUGGUGCCCAAGUUGGGGAGGGCCGUGUGGAGGUGCUCAAGAACGGAGAAUGGGGGACCAUCUGCGAUGACAAGUGGGAUCUGGUGUCAGCCAGUGUGGUCUGCAGAGAGUUGGGCUUUGGGACUGCCAAAGAGGCUGUUACUGGUUCCCGGCUUGGGCAAGGGAUUGGACCCAUCCAUCUCAAUGAGGUCCAGUGCACAGGGACUGAGAAGUCCAUCAUAGAAUGCAAACUCAACACUGAGUCGCAGGGCUGCAACCACGAGGAAGAUGCAGGUGUAAGAUGCAACAUUCCCAUCAUGGGCUUUCAGAAAAAGCUGCGCCUGAGUGGGGGCCGCAACCCCUACGAGGGCCGAGUGGAGGUGCUGACUGAGAGAAAUGGGUCCCUCGUGUGGGGGUUAGUGUGUGGCCAGAACUGGGGCAUCGUGGAGGCCAUGGUGGUCUGCCGUCAGCUAGGCCUGGGAUUUGCCAGUAAUGCCUUCCAGGAGACCUGGUAUUGGCACGGAAACGACAACGCAAACAAAGUGAUCAUGAGCGGGGUGAAAUGUUCAGGAACGGAGCUGUCUCUGGCCCACUGUCACCAUGACGAGGACGUGGUCUGCCCCCAGGGUGGGGUGCAGUAUGGUGCUGGAGUCGCCUGCUCAGAAACCGCCCCUGACCUGGUCCUCAACGCCGAGAUCGUGCAGCAGACCGCCUACCUGGAGGACCGGCCCAUGUUCAUGCUGCAGUGCGCCAUGGAGGAGAACUGUCUCUCGGCCUCGGCCGCGCAGACCAACCCCACCACGGGCUACCGCCGCCUGCUGCGUUUCUCCUCCCAGAUCCACAACAACGGCCAGUCCGACUUCCGUCCCAAGAAUGGACGCCACGCCUGGAUCUGGCACGACUGCCACAGGCACUACCACAGCAUGGAAGUGUUCACCCACUAUGACCUGCUGAGCCUCAAUGGCACCAAGGUGGCAGAGGGCCACAAAGCCAGCUUCUGCUUGGAGGAUACAGAGUGCGAAGGAGACAUCCAGAAGAGUUAUGAGUGUGCUAACUUCGGUGAGCAGGGCAUCACCAUGGGCUGUUGGGACAUGUACCGCCAUGACAUCGACUGCCAGUGGGUGGACAUCACCGACGUGCCCCCUGGAGACUACCUGUUCCAGGUUGUCAUUAAUCCCAACUACGAGGUCCCCGAAUCUGAUUUCUCCAACAACAUCAUGAAAUGCAGGACCCGCUAUGAUGGCUACCGCAUCUGGAUGUACAACUGCCACACAGGUGGAUCCUUCAGUGAGGAGACAGAACAAAAGUUUGAACAGUUCAGUGGACUCUUAAAUAAUCAGCUCUCCACACAGUAAAGAAGCCUCGAGGUCACCUGUCUUCACUGUAUCUCCUCCUCUCCUCCCGCCCCCCGCAGAUGGAUCACCACAUCCCCACAUGAACACAGCCUGCCCCUCCCAGACCCAGCUCAGGAGGAGGGGUGCCCCUCAUUCACCAGGUGCUGCUGCCUGACCUCUGGGACCUGGGGAGGCCUCGGGGGCUAGGGCUUGUCCACAGGGCUGUGGGAACGGCGUUGAGGGCCCAGGACCUCAAGUGUCACCGAGGCCAUCAUCAGCUUAUCCAAUCCAAGCCACAGUCCAUCUUAAGUCUGACCCCCCAAGGCUCUGCAUAGAUGGCCAUUUUCCUCUGAAGGUACAUCUUGAAAAGGUGAGGUUGUCAACCCCAGAGGUGGU